AUGCUGACCUACAGCUGCUGCUGUGGGAAUGCUUUGACAGGAUUUUUAUGGCGCUUUGAGUUCAUUGAAAUACCAUUUAAAGAAUGGACAAUUACUGGUGAUUUUGGAAGACCUGGGACUGAGAUCCAGGUGGCAGCAAUUUUUACAGAAUUUUUGGAUCCAUUCCAGCGGGUUAUCCAACCAGAAGAGAUCUGGCUGUAUAAAAAUCCUUUGGUGCAAUCAGACAACAUACCAACGCGUCUUAUGUUUGCAAUUUCGUUCCUUACGCCACUGGCAGUCAUUUUUGUGGUGAAAAUAAUCCGUCGAACAGACAAGACUGAAAUUAAAGAGGCUUUCUUAGCUGUUUCCUUGGCUCUAGCUCUGAAUGGUGUCUGCACAAAUACUAUUAAAUUAAUAGUGGGAAG